CAACAAAACAUACAAUUCUCGUCAGCAAUAUCCAUUGCACGCCUGUAAAUCAUGGCAUUUGCCCAUUAAGCACAGCCAAUGUCAAAAGUACCCACCAAUAAAACCGAGCGCCCCCAUGCGUUAGGUUACACAAUAAGCUGGUACCAACACGACCCCGGGGCCACCAACCCAGCAGCACCCUGGCAUUAAACAUGCCCAUAUAUACUAACCAUAAUAACCCCAAAUUCGAAGCAAGUUAAACAACGAAUUGCAAGGCGACUCCCUGACCCUGGGUGUUGGGGUCACCACAGACAAGUCCGCCUCGUCUCUGCUCAUGGACUGUUAGUGUCCUACCAUUCCUGGCCACAUAACGGCGCGCGCGUGAUCACCGCGAAGUAAAGGCGGAUGGGCAGCGCUGUAGUCGGGUCGGGAGAGGAGCGAAGGAGUGCCCCAGCAAAGAAGUACACCACCACCACGAGCAAUGUUGCUGCGGGAGCCGCCGCCCCACACCAGGGCCACCUUCGGGUUGAUGGGGGCGGUGGGCGUUGUGGUCAACAUCGUCCUCUUCUUCGCCGACAUCGUCUCAGACGCCCUCCUCGCCUACGUCCUUUGGAAACAGGCCCAGCUGGAGGACAGGUUCCGGACGGAGCCAACCACCUGGUUCAUCACCACCCUCUGUAUCAUCAUCCUGCCCAUGAUUGUCAUCAAUAUAUUCAGUUUGUGGUGGUACUGGCAAAAUAAGCACUGCCUGGGGGACUAUUGUGUACUCCACAAGAUGGGUACAACACAAGUCGUCGUCAGGGUCAUAUUACACAUCCUCCUCCUUGGACCACUCAUUCGGUACGUGGACAUCCUAAGAUAUGGCAUAAAGAUGAAAAGAGAGGUAAAACAUGUUGAGAUGGGUCACAACGGUGCUGCUAUACUAAGAAGAACACCCAAAGGGGAAGUUCAUGCUGUUCUACAGAUGGUAAUCUCACGAGAUACUGCCAUGCUGGACAUGAUGCACAGUUUCCUGCAAGAUGCUCCACAGCUCAUAUUCCAGGUGUUCCUCUUAUACCGUAGUCCUGGAAUCCUCACCGGCAAAGAAGAUAACAGUACUUUAACAACAGCAGUUCAGUUAUGGAAAAUCGUGUUGGGAGUGUUUGCCAUGUCAUGGUCACUGGUGUCUUACCAAGAUGAACUACGUCGUUCGGUACCAGAUAAGGAGCAGCUGUCUUGUUGUGCUACAACUACCUGCCUCUUAUGGCGUGCCUCUAUGCUUAUUUCCAGAAUAAUCACAAUUGGAUCAUUUUCUGCAAUACUUGUUAAACCACUACAGGAUCCUACAUCUGUUUUCUGGCUUUGGUCGACAGAUUCCCAUGGAAAAUUGAUCAUAUCAUAUCCCAUUGUGACUGCAUGUGUCUUGGCAGGCCACUGGCUCAUAAUGACUGCAUGGAUACAUGCACAGAAAACAACAUUUUGUGCCCAGGAAAACAACAGUACCAAUCCAGUACUGGAGUUCUUGUACAACUGUGUCAUGGGUCUUGUACACGUCUUCUGCUACAUCAAUGUCAAGGACACACCUUCCCGUAAACGAAUGGUAUUCUUCUAUGCCUUCUGCCUCAUUGAGAACUCAGCAAUGAUUGCUGUCUGGUAUAUUAAGAUGGUGGACUACCCAGAAACACUUCGUGUGGUAGUUGUAUUUGCUGUGGAGGUCCUGUGGGUGAUAGGAGUGUGCUGUGUCAUUGGGUAUUACUCAUUUCUUCACCCUGACCAUAACAAUAUUGUUCAUCUAAGUAACCAAGCUUCGUGGCGUCGGUGAAGUUUCCUCUACAACAAUUCGUAACGGCUAAUGCACAAACUGCUCUUAGCCAAUUCAGUACAUAUUUUCAACAAAUAUUAUUGACGAAAGUUGUUUCAAGGCUGAGUAAGAUUUUAAACAUUAAUCAUCUACAUUUCAUAUUCACUUUCUAAAUUUCACACAAGAAUUCACUCAUUAUGGGCAUGGCAUGUUUUAGUACUGUAUAUAUAUAUAUAAAACACUUCCUAUUUGUCAAUUACUUCAUCAUUUCCCUUUUACUUUCCUCCUGACUAUUAUUAAUAGCUAUAAAUGAAUGAUAACCUUAAUAUAAAGAAAGGAAAAAUUCAAUAUAGCUUCAUUUAAUGAAACAAUUAACUUUAUAAAAUACUUAUAAAUACUUGAUGUAUUGUAUUCUUUUCUCUAAUGCCUUUCUUCCCAAGCAGCUCCUAUCCAUGCGGGUGGCCAUGCCCGAACAGUCUCCUGGUAACCAUCUCUAAGUUUACUCUUUACCUUUUAUGCCAUCAUCAAACCUAACCCUUCACUUUUUACAUUUUCAUGAUAUUCUAAGAUAAAACUACUGUACUAUAAACUGUAAGACAAUACAAUUUUAUAUACCAUACUGUA